AUGAUUGAAGAUAUAAUAAUAUCGGGAACAGUCAUGGGUUCCAGUCAACAGUUUUCUCUUAGGUGGAACAAUUACCUGAAGCAUAUAACUUGUGCUUUUGAUACAUUAAGGACUGAUGAAGAUUUAGUUGAUGUAACACUAAGCUGCGAAGGCAAACGGAUCCGAGCACACAAAAUGUUACUGUCAGCAUGUAGUACAUAUUUUCGUGAUUUAUUCAAGGAAAACCCGUGUCAACACCCAGUCAUAAUAUUCAGAAAUGUCAAAUUUGACGACCUAGCAGCUUUAGUUGAUUUUAUGUAUCAAGGAGAAGUUAAUGUAGUACAAGAACAGUUAGCUAGUUUUCUUACGACAGCAGAAUUAUUAGCAGUUCAAGGACUUACUGACGGAACAGGAAAGGAUAAUGAUAGUGUAACAGAGGAGGACGUGGAAUUGCCCAACGAGCCAGAAGUACAGCUUCAAAAUCCUGCAGGCAAACACAUGACAAAUAACAAAGGAGGUAAAUCGCCAUCAUCACCAAUGCAAUUUCAUUCAAUUGAAUUACAACCUGAAAUACCACCUGCAAAGCGUCGAAAAUAUCGUGACAGUGGAUUAUCAAAUGCUGAUAAAUCUAGUAUUGGAUCAAAAAAAGAUUUAAAUGAUAAAUUAAAUGAAAAUCAAGUAAAUACACCGGGUUCUAAUCCCGUGGAAAUAAUACCUCUAAUGCCAAAUUUAAAAUUGGAAAUGCCAGAGUAUCUAGAGCAAGAUGCCAGUAGUUGUAGUUACGAAGAACAAAAUACUGGAGAUGGUUCAGCAAUUAAAUUAGGUGACGAUGUUUUAUCUAAUGCUGUAGAUGAGGAGCACAAACCCGAUAUAAGUCAAACAUUUUAUUCAAGUCAGUCAUCCGAUAUUCCUGAUGCUAAACAUGCAACAGCAACAGCAGCUGCAGAUAUAGGACACUUACUCUCGAAACCGAGUACAUCGAGUGAGCGAAUACCUCAAGAAGCAGCUCAAGACCCACGAAGAAAUAAUGGCAGUGGUAAAAUUGGUCCCGAUGCUCCUGAAUUACAUUCAUCACCUAAUGAUAAUUUAGAUGAACCUUCAAAAACCGGAAUAUUUCGUUGUAGAAUUUGCCCAAAAACAUUCAAACAUCCUAUAUCAUUAGCUUUGCAUAAAAAUGUACAUGCCGGACAAACCAAAUGUCCUUUUUGCCAACAUGUUUUUAGUCGAAAUUCACGUACAGUGGUCAUCGAACAACCGUCGCAUUCUUGCAAACUCUGCGGUAAAUCAUUUUGGAAUCGAGACUCUAUGUAUAAACACAUGAACAUGCAUAAGGGAACAACUCAAUGUCCUGUUUGCCACAAAGUGCUGAGUCGUACAACGCAUAUGAAACGUCACUUAAAAAAUCGCCAUGGAUGGUUAGGAUUUGGAACGGUUACUGAUACAACCACCGUUCGCAAUGCAACCCAAUUACCCACUGUAACAUCAGCAGCUAUUGCUCAACAGAAUGCCAAUACGGCGAAUACUGAAACAAAUGCAACAUUUACUACAAUACGAAUAAGAGAGAGUAGUGUUGAAAGAAUUACCUCUAGUCCUAUUCCUUAG